GUGUGUGUGUGGACGUUCACCAGGGUGAUGGAGAAGAAGACGAUGUAGUUUCACGGCCUGAAAAGACAAGACAAAUACUUAACGUUGUUCGGUUUAAAAACGUGAACUGUGCGUGUCGUCACAAUGGCCGGUAUAAGAACAGUAAACGGGAAAUUGUCGGGGGUCAACCCAGCUGUCAGUUGCUGUCGCCUGCGUCAGGUCCAGUCUCUGCUUCGUGAGAGCGGUGUCUCCACUCCUGACGGCAUCUUGUGCUCUCUUGGAAUUGAGAGCAGAUACAAUGAAGGGUGCACUGAGCUGGCGAAAUACCUGUUUUACGGACUGUAUGGGCAGAACCCGCUGAAUAUAGAACACACCCUUGAGGAAUUCCCAGAGGAAAUGCUGGAUGAUGUGAUCCUGCUGAUCAAGGCGGAGUGUGUUCAUCUGUACUGCAACCCACUGAACUACAGCUACCUGUUGCCCUACAUCUCUCACUGGAGGAACCUGCAUCUCUACUGCAUGACAGAGUCAGAGUAUGAAGACGAGGAAGCAGCGGAGGAAUUCAAAAUCUUCAGUUUUGUCACGAUGGUGCAGGACUGCUAUCAUAUCGGCGUUCCUUUCAGCGCGCAGGGACACAUGCAGAAGUUUGACAUGUUCAUGGUGGAAAAAUGGCCCCUGAUUCAGGCGUUUGCUCUUGAAGGCAUCGGUGAAGGGAGCUUUUUUACUCUGAAAUACAAGCUCAUGGAUAUGAGUGAGAAACUGUGGCAGGUGUACAACAGACUGGACCCAGUGUCUCUGGACAGUCUGCUCGCAGAGGACCUGGUGAACUUUGAGAAACAGUGGAGUCAGUUUUUCUCCAGCAUGGACCUGGAGAGUCAUCUGUCCAUCCUGGAGCUGUCUGAAGCUCAGGCAGGCGAGGCAUUCCGCACGUAUUACUGCCACGGACUGAUCUCAAGCAACAUCACAGAUAAAAGUAAAAGUCAGCAGCCCUUCGUGUUGUUCGGGAAGCAUUCUUCCUCUGAGGAUAUGGAGAACUAUUCCUUCAACUUCCCCUCAGAGAGUCAUCAGGUCCGCAACACGGGGCGUCAGGGCUCUGCAGCCACACACAUGGUCCUGCAGUGUGUUUCUCCCAAAGGACCGCUAGCCUGCUCUCGAACCUAUUUCUUUGGAACCUCUCACUCACCAUACCUUGGAAAUCAGAACACCGUGCAAAAGAAAACAGAAGCCUUACUUUUGUCACAGAUUUAUUCAGCUGCUGUUCAAGCGGUCCUUUCUGGAAUCAAAUGCUUCUCCUCUACAUCCAGUGCCACCAAAGCGAAGGAUGUCGCAGAGAACACCUUCCUCGUGGCUUUGGACUCGAUGGGUUUGAGCGUGUACCGCAGCUCUCUCAGGUCCAAAUGUGAAUUCAGCAUUCAAGCCGUGAACAAGCAAGGAAGGAUUAUUCCCCUGACUGAUGAAGAAAGCCGCUAUGUGGCAAAAACGGCCGCCAUGACUGUGCACGACAUCCCAGACCUGCAGUGGGAUCAGGGGAACCUGGGCUCUGUCGUCUUCUCUGAGUCCUUCCUGGAGUCCAGCAUCAACAUACAGCAGAAAGAUGGCACUGUGUCCUCAGACAGCUGCUACACCAUCCUGACGACAACUGUGCCACGCUACGCCUGCUGGCUGAUGGAGUCUGAUGUGAAGCAGUCUGAACAAGCGCAGCAUCUCACUAAGACCGAGGAGGACACUUGUUUGGGGACGUCUCUGACCGUAGCAGAUGCGGCGUAUGUCUUCUCCAGCAGUCAGCUCUCCACCCCUGAAGAAGGGAAGAUCAUUUUCUUCUCCGAGGGAAUCCUGUUCAUUCAUUCUCAGUAUGGCAGCAUCACUCUGUCAAAAGAUCACAUCAACGCCAUCAAGUUCUAUGAUCCGGACUCGAGCGCCGUGGCGUCUCUGUUUGUGGAGUACGGCAGCAGUCUGCUCCCACACCUCCCGUUCCCGCUCCACAGCGCCGACCACUGUCUGGUCUUUGCUCUGCAGCCCAGGUCUAAGAGCCACCGAGCCUUCUACUCCAAGGUUUUGUCAGCGUGGCAAAACCCUGAAUCUAGACUCAAUCUGCAGCUGCUGGACCAAGAGCAACUGAGCUGGAGCCAGAAAAACAUGCACGCCAGACUGCAGAAGCUGCACGCCAGUCAGGAGCCCCCAGUGGCCAAACGCAGAGGCAGCCUGAAGACCUCGUACUCACAGCUGCCAGAGCAGGACAUGUUUCUACAGCACUUUGCCCUGAGCAGCAUCAGUCAGGAGCCCAUCCUGUACGACCACCUGGGGGUGCUGUUCCCCUCCGCAGAGCUGAGGAACACAGUCGGCGGCCCGGGAGACAGGGUCGUCGUCAGCAUCAUCACCGGGUUGCCAGGAAGCCACAAGGAGAGACUGUGCAAGUACCUGGUCAAGCUGAACAAGGAACACGGACAGUGGGUGGUUUAUGAGCCUGGUGUUGACAGCUGUGACGGCUUCUCAGCAUCUCACCUCCAGCAGUAUUUGUCCAGCUUCCUGCAGAGUCAGAGAGGCUCAGGAGGAAAACCCCGUCUGUUGGUUCUCUCACCUGGAUACACCGAUGUUCUCGACGUGGUCCAGGCUGUGCUUUUCCACCCCGACCCUGUAGUCCAGACACGCUUCGCCAUCGGUGCGGUCACCGCCUGUGUGGACCCUGUCGCUUCCUGUUUGGAGCACAGAAUUGCCUUUCCAAAGCUGUUGGAGCAGUGCAGCCAAGGUGCUGUGAGUACAGUGGUGUUCACCGGGCUGACAGCAGAGCAGAAGCACCCUCUCAUGCAGCAUGUUCAGCAGUUGGUACGCUCUGCCAACCCCACCGCGGCCUUCAUACAAGCAGAGAGGGGAGCUGUCACCAGGAAUGAAGAUGUGAAUCUGAUAUUGUCUGAGAGCAGCUUCAACGAGCCACAGAUGCUGAGAGCACGUUAUGUCCUCUACCCUGGAUGGUGCAAAGGGCGCUUCUUCUCCGGUUCUGGGUCUCUGGUCCUCACCCAGCAGCGCGUGGCUUUCAGCCGGCCCCUAGAGAGGCCUCUGUUUGUUACCCGCUGUAAAGCAAUCAAGUCGUCACUAAAGCCAAGCCCCUUCCACGGAAACGUGUACAACGUCUGGGGAAGAGUCAAAUUUUCUGACUCGGAGCAAGUGAUGGAGGUGAGCUACAACGCGCUGAGGGGGAGCCUGAGCAUCGGCACCACCCACAGCGGUGACCCCGGCGCCUCCUGCUUCCUUGUCUUUGAUGGUGUCGGACUGACUGAGGAUGGACUGAAAGACUGGCUCAGGCUGUGCACCAAGCAGAGGCAGAAAAAGAAGCCUAAGAAGACCAAAAAUACCCUCUCGCCACAGGAAAUCAAGAUCAUACAUGUGAGCCGGCGCUUGGACCCACUCCCACCGGGCUACUUCUACAACGGCUACCAGUACGUCGACAUCUUUGGAGACAAACAGAGCUUCCAUCCCAACAUGGAGGAGUUUUUAAAGGAAUACGUCGCCGAGGCCAACAGAGACAUCGAGCUGUUCAACCGUCAGCUGGAGCUGCAGGAGCAACCUGACCUGUUUGACCCAUGAUGUAGACUCGGUGUGUUUGUGUACACGUCCACUGCCUCCAUCUGUCUUCAAAUCCAAGAUAACCAGUGUGGGAGGGCAUAGGGUGGAGGGCGGGGAGUCGGGGAGGGAGUUUAUUUAGCAAACAUUCCACUAGAAUGGUACAAUGCGCGUUCACACAGCACGUAUCGACAGAACUCCGUUCAUUUUCUGUGCACUGGGUCACAUUUAGGGUUGUUUUUAAUAAUACAGCGAUAGCCAGGAAGAUAUUGAUACUCCAAAUACCACUUGCGAUACCACGGGGAGGUGAUGGCAACAAAAAUAACAAGUAAUUAAUGACAACACAAAUAUGAAGUUGUUCCAUGUAGGGCAUAUUUUUUAGCCGUAGUUGGUUAUUUCCUCUCUUUUAGGUGCCUUGACUUCAGUCGGCUGCCUUUGUUCGUCAGCCUUUUCUGGUUCAGUUUCAAUCGGUGCUAUUCAGUGUUUUAUUUAUUUUACAGCCCUUGUCACAUUGUCUCCUAAUGUGGGCGCAUGAAAUGACAUCACCCAUAAGAGGCCAGUGAUGUCAAACGGUGGCUGUUCGCGCCUCGCAUCCCUCAGCGACUCCGCCAAAUUGAGCCGCUAGCGGUUUGUCAAGUCCGGUGUUGUUUAUCAAAUAAAAGUGGCAAUCGGAUGCGGUCACUUGCUUAUGAACUCGGAUCAAAAUCAGCGAAGAGAGUCGCUCGGCAGACCAAUCUGAAACUCAACACAGCACAGGAGCGUGAAUGUGAACCUCAUCGAUUUUUACACAAACCGCUGAGCCUGCGGUGGGCCGUGAGACUCUCUCACAAUCGGAGGGAAUUUCCAGGCCCUCGCCGCUCCAGCUUUCUGUUUAUCACAGUUGGCAAAUUAAAGCCUCUAUUUCUGGACAGGCAUGGAUAGCCGUGUGAUGCCGGUGAGCUCCCUGGUGGGGUUUCUCAAGAAUCGCUCCUCCUCUGUUGUCACCCAAUCCACUGCCCACCUGUCGGCUCGUCUGCGGCAGAGGGAGCGCUUUGGCCAUAGAGCUGUAAACAUUGGCCAGCCUGUUGGCUGCGGACAGCUGAUGGAUGAUGCCAUUAAUCACGGCGCUGUACGCCACCCCAGCGCUUUAUUUUAAGACUCCUAAAGUGAAUCUAAUGAAAAAAAAAAAGGAGGAUUUCUGUCUCUGCGGUGAAGUUAGAAAAGGCGCUGCAAAGUCUCUAAAGCACUGACUUCUGUUUAUUAUAAUGCUGCUAAAUUUCAGAGAGAACAUCACAUUUCACUGUUUUGGUCCACAUAUUUGUUCAUGAAGUUUAAACAUUCCCCUUUUUUUUAACACAUAUAUCGUGGGUCACAGGGGGAGGAAAGGGAAAUGAACUAAUCCAGGGGAACUCUGGUCAUGAAUAGAACUUUUUAACUGAAAGGUGAUGAGGUUUUGUAUCCGUGAUGUGAUGUUGCAGAGCGAUGCUACUUAUUUUUGCUCUGCACUCGUUUGUUUUAUGCACUUAACCGUAUGUUCUUCUUAUCAGGGUUCCUACAGCAGCGCACGUGGUCAUGAAAUGUGCUUUCUCGUCCGAUUAGGAGUUAAAAGUGUGGUAAAUAUGUGGGAUUUAGGUCAGGUUAGGAUCAUGUAGGUACCCUGCUACAUCUACACGUAGAGAUGUGAUGGCUUUCAUUAAUGAUGGGGUCAGCAGUGUGACCGCUGUUUGAAUAACGGUCGCGCCCAAUGGUCAUUUUAAUAGUUGUCGGGGAAUUUGAUUGCAAAAAAAUUGUGAAAACUUUCCUCCACAAAUCAAACUUCCCUUUUAAAGAAACCACAACUUAUUCACAUUUAAACACUAUUCAGAGUCAUUAAUCUAUGAAAUAGAUGGCAAUUACUUUUGUAGAUUAUACGCAAAGUGGGUUAAUUGCCGCGGCCCUAUGUGAAAUGCAUUAUUAAUCACUGCUGCGGCAACAACGCUAGGAUAGAUUACCCUGGCCUUUGUGUUCAGAGUCUACAUUAGAGGAGAAACGUUUGUUUAUUCCCAGCUUUAAAUCAGCAAAUGGUUAUAAAAAGGGAAAAAAACACUGUUAGCAAAUGUUGUUUUUUUUUAAUCCCACAUGACCUGGCUGUGACUCGAUCGUAAUCCUGAACUCAGCCCAACACUGCUGGCCCCCGCUCGUCCGUCCGUCCAUCGGGUCUGUCUGCUCAGUAGAAUCAACUGUGAUCCGAAACAACAAAGCCAUACCAUACGCUAGAUGUGCCACUGUCUUUUAGGAGAUUAGAUAAACGUAUAUUAUCAAAGACGUACGCGCCUCCAGCAUGUACUGUAUUACCCUGGCACAUUCCACUUAGCCAGCAGAGGAGGGGGGUUCACACAGAUGAGGAGCUUAGACUUUGAGUUACUCACUCCCUGAACCCCUCUCUUUCAGUCCUUCUCUAAAAAAGAAGUGCAAUUGUACCUUGUGUUUUUUUUAAUUAUAUAUAUAUAUAUAUACAUAUAUAAAUAUUCUACUUGGCGAAACCUCUCGCAGCUCUUUAAGGACAAACAAACAAAUGUCGCAGCCUAUUCUGUCGGACGCUGCUUCUGUUUUGAGUGUUUGUAUCUCAGACGGCACUGUAACGUGUUGCUGAACGGCAUCGUGGGAGGGGCUGGGUAUUGAUUGCCAUUUUAUACCGAUAUCUGGACUCUGAUACCGAUUCCUGAAUGAUACAAUUCACAAUAAGUAAUAAUCGUACGUUUAAGACGGCGCGGUCGUCUUCUUGUCGUGGAACGUGAAGUAAAUUUCUGCUCUUUGAUUUAUUCCGUGUCACGACACCCAAACGUCAGCCUCACAAAAAGUAGCACAAACUCGGAACUGGGAAUGUCGUCACCUCUCGAGUCCGAAAACUACACGGACGCAAAUAUAUAUCGCACUACCAGUAGAUACCAACACUCUACGCGGUAUUUUUACGCUUACAAAAAGCGUGUACAAAAUUGAGCGGUACGAUGUUUACUGUUGAUUUAACAGUAGUGCAAUUAACAGUAAAAGUAGCCCAACACUGAGUUUGGCUUUCCGUGUUGUUAAUCCGACCCGAGGGAGCGCACAUGCACUUGUCAUUACGGUAGCCAAUUGCUCGCCAAUCAAAUCGUGUUCAGUUGAAACACGACGCGGUCCACGUGGAGCUUUUGGACCAGGUUGUUCUCCGGGUUUUUGUCCGACUCACGAUAGCCAGCACACGGCAGUGAGUCCUGCAAAAAUAACGUCACAAACCAAGAGAAGUGUCGUCGUCGUUUGAAUGAAAAACAUUACGGGCUCUUACAAAAUGACUGAUGGAACAAACGGAUUAAAGAGCUGGUUAUUAAGAGCGCAGAGGAUGACAUGCAACACAAAUCCUUUGUUGACAAAAAAGAAAAGCCCGAUUAGGCCGUAUGCUCUGAGGUGCCCUCUCUCUAUCUCUCUCUCUCUCUCUGCGGAGCCGUCUGUUGGCAGCAACAGUUGCCGUCACUCUGACAGUUAUAUAAUACUGCAGAGGUUUUUACCUCGACUGGCAGUGAAAUGGCUGCGAGGCAGAAGAAGAGCAGUAUUGGCAAAGAGACCCGAAAAGAUAAGUCCUUAAAGAGCCGAGGGGGUUUUACGCGAGAUGUUUGUUACACUUCAAUCAAAACACCGCUGCUGCUGCUGCUGCUGCUGGUGGUGGUGGUGCGCUCACGGCAAACGCUAAGCUAACUCUUCGCGUAUAAAUGCGCUUUUCUAUUCAAAUUUGCACAACAAAAGUCAAAUUUGGGACAAAAAUUGUGUGAAAAAAAGCACUUGAGAACGUUACGAACGCGGGAAAACCUGCUUUGCAUUUAGCGUGAACACCGCACACGUAUACACUUCUACUACAAGUAUUUCUAUACUGUUUUGCAUGUGUCAAGAUGUCACGUGAACACGAUUGACACCAUUAUUACACAUAUAUAUAUAUUCUAGUGGAAAGAAUAUUUGCCUUUCACCAAACUGGUACAAUUGAGAGAAUUACGAUGACGACUUUAGUUUUUUUUUACGAUGUCCAGGCGGAGAAUUGAAUUACCUCAACGCGACAAAUGCUAUUUUUUUAUAAGACUGUGAAUUUGAAAAACAUCGGCGCCGCCGCCUGCACAAGCUACACAAGGCAGAUGCAAUUUUUUUUUUUAAGUACAAAAAUAAAAACUCAGUAGAGAAUCUGAUCGAUCGUAAGAAACGUCAGGUUUUUUUGUUUUUUCUGAUCCAGCAGUGCCUUGGCUACAAAAGAGAAAAAAAAGAGAAAACGCAGAGAUUAAAGCGCUGCGUUCACAGCUCCGUCCUCCUGCUCCCUGUCACAGGAGGAGGAGGAGGAGGAGGAGGUGUGGUCAGGCAAGGAUCCAUCCUUCAACAGUGUUGGUGAAAGGAAUCCAUGGAGUUGUUCUUAAAAGCAAUGUGUGUUUGUUUAUAUUAUUACUAAGCCAGAGGGUAAAGUAGACGGGGCCAUGCGCGGUAAGGCCACCGGAGGGCUCAGGACCAUAAAUGAACCAAAAACAAACGACAGCGACAAAAAACAAGAGAUUGCGAUAUCGGCUGAGCACUGAGACACUGCACUGACGUACAGUCGUACGUCAUUUUUGGUGGUUUAUUUAGAUUGGUUUUGUGUAAAUAACAAGCUAAAUAGUUGGAUUUUGUCAUAAAACGAGACAUGGUGCAAUUUUUGGAUUUAGGUACUGAUAACAUCAUCAGCACUGCCUUAAACUGUGAGAUUUUAGCCACUGAACAAAAAAAAGCCUCACCUCAUAAAAUCUACACCAGCCUAAGUCUACAAUAUCUGAGGAAGACGAGGUUUUUCUGGCUGAAAACUAAAGAUUGUAACUCACUCGACUCCUCCCACACCAAAGUCUAUAGAGAAAUUUAGCGUUUUUAAACUCACGGGGGACACAGGAGCUGCUGCUCCACUUCUGCCUCCUUUUAUACAUCUGUGUCGCGGUGGUAAAUCCAAAGUAUUUCAAACACUUAAUAAAGUCUAAAAAAUAACACGUUUCAGUGUUCAGAGAGAGGCAGCAGUGGCUCAACAACUCCUGUUGUGCUGUGGUGUAUAAUCGCUGGUUUUCUCUAUGGACUUUGGUGCAGUGAAGUGAGAUGGCGGUUGACUAAUCAACACAAAUGUUCAGUUUCUUGUCUGAAAACGCCAUCUUAACGUGAUGUUAUAGACAUGAGCGAGUGUCUACUGCUUCUACUUCAAAAAAAUCAAUACUGGGAAAUUGAAAUGUGUCUCGUUUUAUGCUCAGUCUGAGUUGGGAUAUGAAAUUGUUUGUAUCAGACGAUUUUAAAGAAAUGAGGAGGAUUGAGUCUGUGACUAAAGUUGGGCGACCCCUUACUUAUUGCACACUGGGGGCCCACGGAGCCCUCCACAAGCCUCCUGCUGCCACCGUCACGCAGCUCUCUGGCAACAAAAAAUAACAAAAACCCGAGCACCCUCGUGUCUUCAUCCCGUGUGUGGAGGCUAGCGAUUUUUGUAGCUGAAGUUAUAGGACAAAAACAAAGUUUGGUGUCAAUUGAUUUCGAGGAAAAAAAAGUGUACUACGACGCGAUGGCGCAGUGCGAGUGGGGUUUUGUUCUUUCCGAGACUUUGAAAAUUUCCGUCGGAGAUUCUGGAGGAAGUUUUUUCUUUAAAUGGUACUUUUUGCGGCUCAGAAAUUGAUUGAUUUUUUUUAAAUUGUCUCCCAGCCUUCAGGCAACUGUCGGACUGACAGGUUAAAAUGGAGUCACCUCGCAGCCGCCGCGCAGGUGUGCGAGAAUUAUUUCCACACCUGAUUUUACACAUUUUGCCCCCUGUUAAAACCCAGGUGUCUUGGAAGAAGAUGAGGGUGAAAUUGUGGUUUCAACAUUUUCUGGUGGCGCGCGUGUAAAAAUAGGACGUCCUGAUUGAAGCCUGGACGUGUUUGAUGGUGACAGAAUUAGAUUAUUUAUUCUUAUUUAUUUCCCUUCGUCUACAGGCCGUCCAAAGACAAAAAACUUCUUAUUGUUUAUUGUGAUGAAAGGAAAGAGCUCUGAAGUGCCAAACUGACUUCCACAUUUUGUUUUUGGAGGAAAACGAGCAAAACUGAAAUUGCAUUUGCACUAAAACUACUGUAACUUGUGUUUUUUUCCUGUGACUGAUGCUUUUUAUAAUAACCUAAUUGUAUUUAUUGCACCUCGUAAUCCAUUAAAUAUUUAUAUGGUUGAUCCGAAA